AUGAGUAUUUCCCGCCGUCCCUACGUUUGGCUCGGCAGAUUUUUCCCGUCCAUUCUGAUUAUACCCCUUCUUCCACUCCUAACGCUUGUAUCACUUUUGGAUAAUGUCAGCAGCUUCGACGUAACUCCAACUCGCAGUAGCAUCACGGCGAGAAAGGUACCUAUCGUAAGACUGAACAAAAUCAUUUCCAUGGAGAAAAAAAUAUCGAGGAGGAAAUCAGACGAAUUCAUCAAGGAUGGAAAUGUAAAGCUCAAUAACAAAGUUGUUAAAAACCCCGGAACACAUAUCGAUGUAUCAAAAGAUAAAAUAAAAAUUUCCGGCAAACUGGUCAAUAUUGUGCGAACGCAAAAAAUGAUUAAUCGAAAUGACAACAAUUUCUACAAGUGGUUUGUUCUUCAUAAACCGAAGGGAUUCCUAUGUACAUCCAAUGACGAGAAGGAUAGGGCUUCCAUAUAUUCCCUCUUCCCACAGGAUAUUAUGGAUAACUACCGACUAGUUUCCGUAGGCCGACUCGACCGAAACACAUCCGGUGUGCUCCUCCUCACCAACGAAUACGCUUGGGUCAAUAAACUGACGCACCCAAAAUACCAACGAAUAAGAACAUACAGAGUGCACAUCGAAGGACCUGCACAAAUGAAAGUUCUCAAACAGCUAGCCACAGGUAUAUAUCUACAAGACGAUAAUAGAGGAAAAGAAAAUAAAAAAAUAGUGAAAAAAAAAAGAACACAACCAGCAUUUAUUGAAAUAUUAAGGGAAGAAACCAUAAAAGUAAAAGAUCAAGUCAAAAAGGUAAGUGUAUUAAAUAUUAGCGUACGCGAAGGAAGAAAUAGACAAAUUAGAAAAAUGUUUGAACAAAUAAACCAACCAGUAAUUAAAAUAAAACGAACUGCCUUCGAAAAUAUAACCCUCAAGGAUGUAUUUUUCCCCAAGCAGUACCGUGAACUGACCCAACGGGAAAUCUCUAAUUUGAAGGCACGCCGCUUGUAA